UUACAGGUGCACAACAGUUCGUCUUUUUGCUUUCCACCCGCGCCGGUGGUUUAGGUAUUAACUUAGCGACAGCGGACACUGUGAUUAUUUACGAUUCCGACUGGAAUCCACAUAACGACAUCCAAGCGUUCAGCAGAGCCCAUAGGAUAGGCCAGGCCAACAAAGUUAUGAUCUACCGAUUUGUCACGCGUAAUUCCGUAGAGGAGAGAGUAACGCAAGUAGCCAAGCGCAAGAUGAUGCUCACUCAUUUGGUUGUGCGACCAGGCAUGGGCGGCAAAGGCGCCAACUUUAGCAAACAGGAGCUUGAUGAUAUUUUACGUUUUGGCACGGAGGAAUUGUUCAAGGAGGAAGAGGGUAAGGAGGAUGAAGCUAUACACUACGACGACAAGGCCGUCGCCGAAUUGUUGGACAGAAGUAAGGAGGGUAUUGAACAGAAGGAGAAUUGGGCGAACGAGUACUUAAGUUCUUUCAAAGUCGCCUCGUACGUAACGAAGGAAGGUGAAACCGAGGAGGAAGCGGACACGGAGAUAAUCAAGCAAGAGGCGGAGAAUACAGAUCCGGCGUAUUGGAUCAAGCUGCUUAGACAUCAUUACGAGCAGCAGCAGGAAGAUAUCGCCAGAACACUCGGGAAAG